GUGGAACCACCGGAUGGUGAGGUUCGUCCAAAUGUGAAUGAAGGAGUAGUGUUGCGGAGGUGUACGGAUGCUUUUGUUUCUCUUUUUGGCGUGUUCAUUCGAGCGUUACGUUGUAUGUUGUUGCAAUGGAGGAUAUCGGUCGGUCGGUCGGUGAGGUAACGAGUGUAGGCGAAGCAGGAAUGAAUGCGGCUCGAGGGAUCAACGUUUGUAGAUUGGGUGAAUGAGUUCUGUUUCAUAGGCAUCCCUUUCCUUCUAUUCGUUCUUCUAAUACUUUUGUCUACACGGCUUCAGAUGCUGCUUGAUGAUAUGUUCUCGUCGGAUUGCAUGGCCCCUCGGGAAGAGGUGAGAGAUGGCCUGCUGAUUCGUUCGUUUAGAGAGGUCUGCAGUCCGCAGAAAGAGGGAGGCAGCGAAAGAGGAAAAGGGGGGCCACAGGAAUAUGUAGGUACGAGAGUUUUGUUUAUGAAAGACGGCCGAGAUGCAGUUGGGUUUCGGGAGGGAGACUGCAUCGCAGCAGUCACGACUACCAUCGUACCUCACAACCUAUAUACUCUUCGCUCAACGAUGUGUCUCCAUUCAAGCCCACGAAUAUGUGACGUCUCGACUGGUGGCCGCUUGAAAUUUCAGAGUCUUCACUGAGCCCAGCACAAAAAAGAGACUGUAGCAACAAUGCAUCGUCCCCUUGGUCGGACCAUGGGCGUUGUAUUUGCAGAUCCACGCCAAACCUUGGGCUGUACCAGGGGGUUGAGUUGAGCUCCGCCGCCGAUGGGACGUCGGCGCUUGAUAUCAAGUGUGAGCAA